UCAACAGGAGCGUUUGUCGUUUGUUCGCGUCGGCAUCCGGCUUGGCUGGAAAUGGGCAGUUCGAGCUGAGAAUUGUUCGCAUUCGCAUUAGACAACUGUGUGAUUUGUGUCGCGUGUGUGCAGUGAUGUUAUGUGUUUGUGAUCGAGUGUGUUACCCGGAGGUUCGCGUUUCCCUAUGAUCGGCCCUUAGGCACUCGGCGGGCCCGAGUGUGGAUUUAGUGUUGUUGUUCUAAUCUUUCGACACGUUCGUAAAAGCAGCAGGCCGCAAGAUGGGGUGCGCUAUGUCGGCGGAGGAGCGGGCGGCGUUAGCCAGGAGUAAGCAGAUUGAAAAGAAUCUGAAAGAGGACGGUAUACAGGCGGCCAAGGAUAUAAAAUUACUUUUAUUAGGAGCCGGAGAAUCCGGGAAAAGCACAAUAGUUAAACAAAUGAAGAUCAUCCACGAGAGCGGAUUCACGUCGGAAGACUUCAAGCAGUACAGACCAGUGGUGUACAGCAAUACUAUACAGUCUCUAGUAGCCAUAUUGAGAGCCAUGCCAACGCUCGGCAUCGCCUUCGGAAACAACGAGAGAGAGACGGACGCCAAGAUGGUGUUUGACGUGAUCCAGAGGAUGGAAGACACGGAGCCGUUCUCUGAGGAGCUUCUGGCGGCGAUGAAGAGACUCUGGGCCGACGUCGGUGUCCAGGAGUGCUUCGGCCGCUCCAACGAGUACCAGCUCAACGACUCUGCCAAAUAUUUCCUCGACGACUUAGACCGUCUAGGAGCCAAAGACUACCAGCCCACCGAACAAGACAUUCUACGGACAAGGGUCAAGACCACUGGCAUCGUAGAAGUUCACUUUUCCUUCAAAAACCUUAAUUUUAAGUUAUUUGAUGUUGGUGGCCAAAGAUCAGAACGAAAGAAAUGGAUUCACUGUUUUGAAGAUGUCACGGCGAUUAUUUUCUGUGUAGCUAUGUCAGAGUAUGACCAAGUGCUUCAUGAAGACGAAACCACGAACCGUAUGCAGGAGAGUUUGAAGCUGUUUGAUUCCAUAUGCAACAACAAGUGGUUUACGGACACUUCCAUAAUUCUCUUCCUAAACAAGAAGGAUUUGUUUGAGGAGAAAAUCAAAAAGUCUCCACUUACAAUAUGCUUUCCAGAAUAUGCAGGAGCACAAGAGUACGGGGAAGCAGCCGCUUACAUCCAGGCGCAGUUUGAGGCCAAAAACAAAUCCACAACCAAAGAGAUCUACUGUCAUAUGACAUGUGCCACGGACACCAACAACAUUCAGUUUGUGUUUGAUGCAGUUACCGACGUCAUCAUAGCCAAUAAUCUACGAGGCUGUGGCCUUUACUAAACAUUGACUAGACAAAUACUAAUGGCCAAGAAAUGUACAUCACUGGCCGAGUGUGGUCCUAGCAGAAGUUGUGAUAGCGACGGUAGGAAACGAGAACCGGGUUUGAAAUUCAAAUUUUCUGGAUGACCAAAAUUAUAGAAAUUAUUUUUUUAUUGUCUAGUGCUCGACCUUUCUUGGAUUUAGUGUUUGACAUAGCCUGGCCUUCGCUAGUGUUGUUAGAUUUUAUCCAAAUCUUCGGAAAGUUUUUAUCAUUUGUAACACUAUCGAACUUUUAGCAUUUUGACCGGAGUUGACCAUGGAUGCCGCAUCAUAUUGAUGCGGGGGUGAGAUUUUCAACUUGUAGAUUUGUUUGAAGCAAAGUGAAAUGCAUUUAUGAUUAUUGUUUUCCAAGACUCGUUGUGUACUUUCAUAGUUAAAAUUUUCAAUCGCUAUUCUUGAUUUGUAUGUUUAAAGGAUGUUUCUGAAAACUUUGACAUAAAUCGAUAAUCAAUCGAAAAAUCGUUUGUAUCGUUAAACCACACGAGUGUAUAACUGCAAUAUACUUAUAAAUAGAAAACUCAUCUUAUCGUGUAUGUUUACAUUCUAUUAUUCUUUAACGAUUAUCGUACAUUAAAUUAUGCGUACGAGUCGGCUUUAUACGAUUCUUACAUUUUUAACAUUGCCUAUUAAAUUUUUAUUCCUUGGUAUUUUAUUCCGAUACGUACCGUAAGUGUUUAAAUAUAUCGGCUUAUUUUCGUUAGUAUAGUGGUCGGUACCUAGAUCCUAACGACGUGCCAGUUAUACGAGUUGUAGAUAUUGUAUGAUAUACUGUAUUACUAUUAUGUCUGAUAAGAUUUUAGAAACACCCUGUAUCGAUGUGGUUCACGUUUGUAUUAAACCGUUCUACAAUUAUUAGAGUUAGUGUGAAAUUCCACGGUCGAGAUGGUUCGAUAUCAGAGUAUUAUUGUUCUUUAGAACUUUGUAUAUAAUACAAGCAUCAGUAAGUAGCCGUCAUUAAACUAAUAUUUGAACAGUGCUAAUUGAUAAAUCGCUAUAUAAUAAAUAAAGUUAGUAAUUAUUAUGUAAUGUGAGGUUGAUGUAUUGAUGUCACAAGAUUACAAACCCUAGACAUAAGCAUUGUUCGAUGCCACAUUGUUAUAUUCUAUGUCAUUUUAAUUACACUCGUUACUCAAAAACUGCCAUAAAAAACGUUCUUACAAUGUGCGAGGAUCAAGGGUUUGCUUUCAAAGUCAAACUGCCUUCGAUCUCAUGGAAAGCCAUCAAGACUGCUAUUCUGCAUUUUGUAGAGUUUCCCGUGUUUUCCAGUCAUGAUUUCUUAGCUUCACGCCAACAAGCACAGAAGCACAGACUGCAAAGGUCAAAUGUUUUGCUCUUCCUUUCCUAAUUUCCAUGUUAAUGUGUUUUUCGACAAUACAAUGUUGAUUUGAACUUAGAAAGUCCUGUAAAAAGUUAGUUAUGUUUUACGCUAUUUAUUAGCUUACGUUUAUGUUAUUUUAAUAUUGUAAAUAUAUGUGUUUUGGACCAAUGAAUCUUAUUAGAUCUGCCAAUGUAUUUAUUUUUGUCAACGGCUUUCAACUAAUUUAUGUGUGAGGUAAAAAUUAUGUUCCAGUAGGGUUACCGCUGUCCUCUGUAUCUCCUACUUUUGUUAUGAAACGCACAUGGAGCUUGUUACAUUAUAGCACAAGAAUCAGAUAUAUUUUAUACUAAAAUGUUGUAGACUUUGUAUUUUUAUGUACAAAUUACAUCGGAAAUUAUUCUAACCAUAAAGGGGAUUUAAAUUUUACUUAAAUAUAACCGUACCAUAUUAGUAUUGAAAUUUAAAUAAAUAAUUUAGUGAGUUUCUUAAGUGCAACAUAAUUAUCGUUGUAAAUUAGACAAGAGUUUGCCAUGCCCUUUCAGUAUUUAAUUUGGCAAUUUUCCAACUUUGUCUCAUCUGAAAGCAGUGUUUAGCUUGAACAAAUUGAUAGAUUUAACCUUCAAUUUUACAGUAGUAUUUUGUGAUUCUCAUCUCAAUUGUCUUCGCAGUGUUAGGCUUUAAUAGAACCAGAGACUCCCUACCAUGUUUUUGAAUUUUGUAAGCAAAUAACAAAAAGUAGAAUUGCAGAUCUCAGCCAUGUUGAAGUAUUACUAUCUUAACACAUUCCUGAACAGCUUUGUCAUUCACUACCAGAGUUGUCUUUAGAAUUUGAAAUUCUACCCGACAUGUAGACAAAAUUUAGUCGUUAAAGAUGCCCGAGCUCGAAAAAGUGCCAUUUGAUGUUUCAAGUCGAAUAUUACCAUAUUAUGUAAUCAAAGCUGUGUCAAAUAACCAUUUAUCUGUAUAGUUUAAUUUUGUUUGAGUGUUUAUGAAACAUUUUUCAAUGAUUCUAGUCAAGUAGAAACCCUAACUGUAAACUUUGUAAUUUUACCACGAGUUAUUUAUUUGUUAUCGCUAGCCUGUUUCUAAGACAUGGGUGUCGUCGCUUACCUCGGGUCUACCGACGGUUACUCGUAGUCCAAACUGGACGUAUUCGUUGUAUGCAUGCGACGUUUUAUCACCGCUGUUAUUCGAAUUCUCACCUCGACGAUAACUGGUAAACAUUCCUGCAGAAGCUUCUAUCGUGUUAUUUCUUCACCGCUAGUGACUAGAAGCGACAGUGGUGAGAAUCGUGACAGCUCCAGUCUGUUCUUGUACCAGUGUACAGGUGGUUAUCUGGUAUGUAUUGUAUGUACUGGUUUCUGUAUCGCUGCAACAACCCAAAUAAAGCAACUGAAACUUUUA